AUGGAACAACCUCAACAACAGCAACAACAAAAUGAUCAGGAAAAUGGUGGAGGUGGAGGUGGCAGUAGCGAAAAAGGAAGUGGGUUCAGACAAAGUAGUACAAGGUGGACACCAACAACAGACCAGAUAAGAAUAUUGAAGGAUCUUUACUACAAUAAUGGAAUAAGAUCACCAAGUGCUGAACAGAUUCAUAGGAUCUCUACUAGGUUAAGACAGUACGGUAAGAUUGAAGGAAAAAAUGUGUUUUAUUGGUUUCAAAAUCAUAAGGCUAGAGAAAGACAGAAGAAAAGAUUCACUUCUGAUGUUAAUGUUCUUCCCAUCAUUCAAAGAGCACCUAACAAUAUUUCUAUUGCCUCUGCUAAUUGGAAACCUGAUCAUGAACAACAACAACAAUCCAUUCUUCACACCAACCAUUCCAAUUACAACAUUUCAAAAGAAACUAAGCUAACAUUGCGCGAACCGCGUCAUGCACAUAAUAAAGUAUCAACCAAAACAGAAUGCAAGUAA